CAGUUCCGUAUCAACGAGUUCACGAACCAAUUGGACCAGUCAGCUGUUGCCAUUCGACAUUCGCACGCGGGAUUGAGAAGAAAUUAGUUAAACCUCUGUAAAAGGCUAUAAACCCCUGGAAUUCACCAUGUUGGACGUGAUCCAACCGACCAGCAACAUCCCGACCAGCGAGAGCACCGACGUGGUGGUGGUCCGGGCCAGGCCCAAGAAGGUGUUCAAGCCGAAGGCGCGAAUCAAUCGGAUUCCCCAGGAACUGCUCGAUGAUCCACUGCUGCAGCAGGCCAUCGACCGUUUGCCCUCAAACUACAACUUCGAGAUGCACAAGACCAUCUGGCGGAUACGGGAGAUGAAGGCCAAACGGGUGGCACUGCAAUUGCCGGAGGGCCUACUGAUGUACGCCAUGGUCAUCAGCGACAUUGUUGAGCGAUUCACCAGCGCAGAUACUGUGAUAAUGGGCGAUGUGACUUACGGAGCCUGCUGCGUGGACGACUAUACGGCCAAGGCACUGGGAGCUGAUCUGCUGGUACAUUACGGGCACAGCUGCCUCAUUCCCGUGGAUCAGACGUGCGGCAUCAAGGUGCUGUACAUUUUCGUGGACAUUAAGAUUGAUCCGCUGCACUUCCUGGACUCCGUAAAGCUGAACUUCCGCCCGGAAGUGGGUCAGAUUGCUUUGGUCAGCACAAUUCAGUUUGUGACCACGCUGCAGGCUGCAUCAACAGAGCUGAAAGCAGCCGGCUAUGAUGUGAUAGUGCCUCAGGCCAAGCCACUUAGUCCCGGAGAGAUUCUGGGCUGCACAUCGCCGCAGCUGCCGGAGACGGCGAAGAUGAUCAUAUACCUGGGAGACGGGCGUUUCCACCUGGAAUCCGCCAUGAUUGCCAACCCGCUGCUUAAGGCCUACAAGUACGAUCCAUAUGAGAAAAAAUUUACUAUAGAGCAGUAUGACCACACCGCCAUGCAGAACAUUCGUCUGGACGCCGUACAGCGGUCUAAGAAAGCGCGCCGCAUUGGCAUCAUACUGGGAACACUCGGAAGACAGGGCAGUUCAAGGGUCCAUCGGUUCUUGGAGAAGCGACUGCACGCCAAGGGCAUAGAGACCACCACCCUGUUGCUGUCGGAGAUCUUUCCGCAGAAAUUGGCUCUUUUUGCGGACAUCGACGCCUUCGUGCAGAUUGCUUGUCCGAGACUUUCGAUCGACUGGGGAUCCGCCUUUACUCAACCGCUGCUGAAUCCUUACGAACUGUCUGUGGUCCUGGGCGACGUCGAAUGGACGCCACACAACUCGUCGCCGCGCAACAAUGCUUAUCCGAUGGACUUUUAUGCCAGCGGCAGUCUGGGACCUUGGACCCCUAACUUUAAGCCACCUGCGCUAGGAGAGUGCGAAAACAAACCCUCGGCCGAUUGCUGCGGACGUUGCACGCGAGCUGAAUUGGAGAAAGACGACUCCGGCAAAGUGGCGGCUCUGGACGAUCUUCUCGACUUUAAAAAGGGAUAAAAGAUCUGUCUGUCACGCUUCCAACUGCCCACAGAGCCCCCAUCUCAAGCGGUCAGCCUAGAUCGUCUGCCCAAAUAUAAUGCUUAGCUACUAAUUUAGUUAGUACAAAUUUGGUUUUUAAGUUAUCACUUUAGGUAAUUUUGUGUUCAUCACACCUAGGUUCAUAAUUUUUUAUGUUCGCAGUAUCGUGCUUUAGUUUAGUUAAUAGCUGUAUUUUCAACUGAGAUGCAAUUGUUAUAGUAACAGCAACAAUGUACACAUUUUUAACAUUAAAAUAAUGUUUAAAACUGA